GGUGUACCAACCUAAAGGCAUUGUGAUUAAACUAGUUUAAUAAUAGUAUCGUAUUGAUUGCACAGAUAAAUUUACCCUUGAUCCACACCUAUUUCGUUCUACUUAUUUUAUUUGAUAAAAGCGGCUAAGGAAUAUAUAUACGGAUAUAAGUAACAGUGCUGUACUCAAGCUUGAAUGCCAUCGGAGAUUCACCAUAAACGUAUGUAAUGGGCAGCGGUUCGUCAACAAAAACAAUUCCAGACAAUGAAAAUGACCGCAAGAAGUCAGUUUCAUUAGUUCUGGACACAACCUCAGAGGUCAGUCUUAGAAGUAUUUCGUAUCAGGAAAUGAUAUCUGCAUAUGAAGUAGUUGAGAGUCUGGAAGAUGUAAAUCCUGGAAAACUGGCUAAAUAUAAAAAGAUUUCAAAGCAAUAUUUGAAAGAAUCAUUUCACAACCUUGUGAAAACUGACAUAUUCGCCCUUGAAGGUCAGAAUGCUCUCGGAGAUAUUGCUAAAACACUAUUAUUAGUUGCAAACCUUGGCAGUAUACUCGAAGGGAAAACAAAGUCAACAAGAGCGGAGAGAUUUGAAAAAGAUAUAUCAAGAUAUAUUCGUGAAGCUGAAAUAGACAAGUUUUGUAUUCGGACAAUCAAGAACUUUAAUUUUGAUGAAGCGGAAUACAAAAAUGCCGAUCACAAAAACCACAAGAUUGCCAUUGUGACUCGCUGUUUAUUGAUUUUGAAAAAUUAUUGCGAAUGCUCUGAAGAUUUGGCUACUUACGUGUUAGAAGAUAACAGAAUGAUGUUAUUUCUGCGGAAAAUCCUUACCGAUGGUCAUACAGAUAUAGUAGCAGAAAAUGCCCGAAAAGCAAACAAAGACGAAAUGGAAAAAAGACAGCAGUAUGCGGCUGAAUACGGCGAAGAAAUCAUAUUCGAUCCAUUGAUUGAUUUUGCUAUGGAUACCGUAUACCAUAUAACCAUUUGGGACACCAACUUUAACCGUCUCCGAGACCUGGAUCUGCUGAAAGCCUUAGAACCGUAUCUAAAAUCAGGCUUAAGAUUAGUGGCGCUACUUACAAUUGCUAAUAUAAUAGAUGAGGAGGAAUGUAAGAUAAUUAAAAGUCACACAGGCGUUGUGGAGGAGCUAAUGAACAUUUUCAGAAGAAGCCUCGGUGAAAAAUCACACAGGUACAACACCUGGUCGAGCAGACAGUGCGGAUUAGGUAUUCGACGCCUGGCUCGAAACGACGAAAACAAAAAAAUGUUGUCGGAGUUUGGCGCCAUUGAACUACUCGUGAAAAUGUCGGACGGGGACGAAGAUGAACAACUUGAAAGUGUUCAAGCACUUUGGUAUCUAACAUUUGACGUUGACAUAAGACAGAAAAUCGUUGGCGACCAAGACCUUGGUGUCGUCGAUGUUUUGAUUGAACUCAGCAAGUCUAAAAACGAUAAAAUUCGGAAAACGUGCAUUGGCGCCCUUUGGACCCUAAGAAACGAUUUGGCUGUGUCAGACAUCAAGGAAUACAAACGAGCAGCCAUCGGGAUUGAAAGAUCAAAAGCGGCUGUAGAUCCAAGAAAAGCACAACAUGUAAUGAUAUCGUAUCAUUGGUCAAAUCAAGAGGAAAUGAAAACAAUUUGCAAAAAGAUUAAGCAGGCUGGUUUUAAGGUUUGGAUGGAUAUUGAAAAACUUGAAGGGUCGACUGUGGACGCUAUGGCCGAUGCUGUUGAAAACUCAAAAAUUGUUCUAGUAUGUAUGUCCCGGAAGUACAAGAACAGUCCUAAUUGUAGAGCAGAAGCAAACUAUGCAUUUCAAAAGAAAAGACAAAUUAUUCCGCUGAAGAUGGAACGUGGCUACGAACCCGACGGCUGGCUUGGUUUCAUAAUUGGUACUUUGAAAUACUACGAAUUUAGUGGACAUUACCCUUUUGAUGCAAAGGUGAAAGAGCUUAUCAGAGGUCUCCAGACCGCAUACACAGGCGAGAAGGAAGACUAAAGUACAGUCAAACCCGCUCUAUAAAGUCCACAUUAUGAAGAGCAAAAAGCUUCAUCUGCAUUUGGAUGAAAUACACGAUCGAGAGUUGGACGGAAAAUUGCCGUAACUCAAUAUGAUAUUAAAAUAAAGAAGAAAAUACAAGACGUUUCCGUUCAGCCCUCGAAAUGUUUCAACAGAUAAGGAAACUUUUGCUUUUUGGAUUAAUGUGGUUUAACUGUAAUCACGAUUAAUUGUUUAUCUCGAUGUAAGAUUGAAAGACAGUUGAAACUCGGUAUCUCGAAUUCCAAGGGAUCGUUUUAGUUCGAGAUAAUCGAAAUUCGACUUAACUUGAUAUUUUGUGAAUUUUGUUUUCGGGACGGGACGGGAAAAUAUCUUGAAUUUCGAGAUAAGCAAGCUCGAGAUAAUCGAGUUCCAACUGUAUCUUUCACCUUGUGAACAACAAAUGCAGUAUUUUCACUGAAGGAUUAGACAAGAUUUUAUGUUAUGAUGUUCACGAGUGAAAUAUUUUUUUUAUCUUACAUUAUAACAAAACAUAUUUUCUUUUCAUUUCAUAUUCUAACGAAAAUGUAUUAUUGGUUUAUACAUAGCAUGCCGCAUGUACCGGGUAUCUGUUCUAAUGUUAUAAUAAUUAUUAUUAUUAUUAUAAAUAUUUAUAUAGCGCCCUUUUCAUGAUCAAUUUCACGUUAAAGGCGCUUUACAUAGUUCAAAUGCAGCCACACAGGGCGCAUAAUUCAUCCUCUACUAGUACAGACACAGAGCGAUCUCACCAGAGGGACAGAGUGAUACAAAGCUCCCACGACAGAGAGAUCAGAAAUCAGAUACAGGCUUGCCGGGCUAACUUAGCCUAGCUCGUUGCGAAUAGACAGUCUGGUUCUUUAACGUGCCCAGUGUAUAGCACUGAUACACGCAAGGAUUGCCUGGGUUCCUGACCAGUUCACCUCUAGUUGGGUCACCAAAGAUAAUACACCAAAUUUGCCAGAAAGAUGCAAACAAAUUGAGCCAACUAGUUUAAAGGGUUUUUAUCUUUCAGGUUCUAUAUUGUCAUAACUGAUAUUUUUUUCUCUUCAAAAAUUUCGAUGUUUUUUUUUCAAAUAUAACAUUUUUAUAAAUCAUUCAUUAGUUUGAUAAGUUUUGUUUAACUCUAAAUAUCUUUGUUUAUUCUUCGUGGUUCUCAUGUUGUUAUUUGUCUUUCUGUGAAUUUUAUUUCAACUUACUGAAUAGUUGGCUCCAUUGAUACAACACCUGGCUAUUCCGAUCACUUGAUCGGUACACUGAAGUUUCAAUCGGGCUAUUCGGCAUGUUCCGCAGGUGUACGCACAACUAGCCCAACUGAAACGAGUGCAAAUCGGGCGCAAUCGGUGUACCGGGCGAAAUUGGGGACCAACGAAAUGUUUCAUAAAAACUUGCGUAAAACUACAUUUAGAUCUACAUCUAAAAGGAAACACAGAUGCUUUAUUAUUUUUACCAGACAGAAGAUACUAUAGUAUUAUAGUAAAUCAGUCUUUAAUUGUUAAGUGGAAACUUCCACUUUCAGUAUAGUAGGAACUGUAACAUAUAGGGUUAUGUACCGCAUUGUGGGACACCUAUCUACGUUUAGAUCUAUUCCUUUAAAAGACAAUUUUAAUUUUUAGGCGUGUUAAUCUCCAAAUAAAAGCAAUUCGGGUCUGCGAUAAUUUGGAAAAACAUAUGAAAAAUUGUCACUUGUGUCACUUGUUGUAGAUGCAAAUGGGAAUAUCCCUUUUGAGGGUAACUGUUAAGACGGUAACGAGGCACUGCCAAGUUAAAAGUAUAGCGCCAUGAAACAGUUAGAGUCGGAUAUUCCCAUCUGUAUAUAUAUUUUUCUUGUGCACCGUAUUUUACAAAUAAAAGAAUGCUUUCUUUAUAGCACUAUUUCUAUAGAAGUGUGUAUUUAUGAAGCUGGCGGAAGUAACAGAAAAUACCAAACAACAACAUCGA